AACCUGCCAGGAUGAACCGCAUGCCAAAUGAAAAAGACACGGAGGAUCAACCUUUUGGUUUACCACAAAGGCUUUUUUGCAACAGUCCCAGAUUUAAAGAAACAGAUGUGGAGAGUUUGAAGCCCAUCAAAGAAGUAGAGAGUUCAGACACAAAGAAAGUGAAUCUGAAAACAGUUCAACUAAAGCCAUGCUUACUUAUGUCAAACGGAACGAAACCUCCAAUUGAACUAUUGAAAAAUCCUGAAAACCAGCGCUACGGUGACAUAGCGGCUGUCAAAGUAAUCGAACUGUCCAAAAAGGUUCGCGAACUAUCUUCUAGCCUCGCGCACGAACAAAACAAGUCCCGCAGAUUCGCAGAUCGUAUCAGAAUUCUAGAAGUUCAGCUGAAAGAACAGAGCAAACAAAGUGAUGCAUCAACAGGUGGACAAAAUAACACCAUCAGGCAUUCUGAAGUUGAGUGUGAGGCGUGUAAAACACUGAAAUCCCUUCAGGAAAAACUCAGCAAAACUGAACAAUACAUAAACGAGUUGAAGGAUCAAAACCACAUCUUAGACGCAGAUCUGAAACUGGCUAGAAAAGUCCUUGAGCUGGAAACCGGUGAGAAUAUCACUAAUCUCAGCACCUGGCUAAGAGGCUUACAACUCAACUGCGGUGACACAUCAAAAGGCAAUUCUGGUGGUUGGCGUGGAAGGCAACAACAAAUUGUCCUGCUAAGAAGCAAAAUAAAAAAUCUUGAGAUCCAAAUGGGAAAAAUAACUGCCGUCACCAAAUCAAAGGUUGAAUUUGCAAUGGGGGACGAAAAUGGCGAAUCAUCAGGGGCCACAUCUUUCGGUGCCUCUGAAUUGGACUUCCUCGAUGACAACAGACUGCUGGGACAACCCUUCGGUCGCUUGGAACAGGGCAACCCAUUGUCAAAAUCACGCAACAUGAUUGCGGAGAGUAACAUUGAAAAAGAAAACGAGUCCCUAAGGUCAGAGCUUUCGGUACUUCGGACUAGGCUAAGAAAUUCCAAGAAUCGAGAAAAGACUGCAACAUCGGAAUUUGUCGAACUGAAGAAGCAGCUCCAGUGGGUUUUAGAAAAGGGAAAGAACGACGAUGAAUUAAUCCAGUCUCUGUUAGAAAGCAAGACCAAAUUACAAACGGCCCUUGAACAGGAGGUGAAAAAGCACAUGGAGCUGGAUGAAAAGCUCAAAGAGUUAUCGGAUGAAUCAUCAAGUCUCCGGGUUCAGCGCGACGCAAUACAGACCCAAUAUCAGGAAAUACUUGACCAGAAGAACGAAAAGAUUGCUGAAAUGGAACGGAUGCAGAAGGAGUGGGUGACAAAAACAACGCCCACUGUGCCUGACAAGUCGCAGUGCUCCAUGGACGAGACGACCCGUCAAACAGCGGAUGAUGACAACCUUGGAAAACAGGUUGAAUUUUUAACCAUCGAACGAGAUGGACUGCGUCAGCUAGUGGAGACACUGAAUAGCCAGCUGGAUAGACAAAUAGAGGAGAUUAUGGAACUUGAGAAAAAAAUCGCUGAAACAGAUCGCUGUACGACUGCAAGUACCCUGGGAAGUCGUAUUCCAAGGUACGGGAGCAACAAAAACGCUACGGAAAAAUGUAGUCCCGCGGGCAAUGCACUUGACCGUCUUUGUAGCCGCGACUAUCGGCAAAAGGUCAUCAACGAUGCAGGUCUGAGUGUUGCUGCGGCCACUCUGGUUGGGAAACGGAUUGACGAACUUCAGUCUGCCUUGGGGGCUGCCAGGGACGAGAUAAAGGCGCUGAAAUCCAUGGUCAAGCGACUGAAAAAUGUAAGGCAAGAGGACUUCACAAUUCUCACACAAAUCGUCACACAACUGCGUUCGAGCUGUUCGGAGGAGUAA